CGAUGUCCAUCACGGCAUGUGAAGCGGGCCCUGUACGUUUUUGCAAACCCAGAAGCUUUGACCAAGAUACAGGGAAUUGGAAAAAUACUCCCUAUGUCCUCAAUGAACUGUUUGUCACUUUAAACAGGAUAUUUGCUAAUAAAGUGAUUAUAUCUUUUUUUUUUUUUUUAUGACUGCAAGAAAUUUCUAUGUUCAGCUUGUACUAGCAUCAACAGUUUCAGAAAUCCCUUGCCAAUUCUUGACACGAUUUCUGACCCCAAAUCCAUGCCCUUCUUCCCAGCUGCUAAGCUGCUAGUGCAAGCAAUUGUGAUCUGCAGCAGCCUUAUGCAGGUUCAAUGCCUGAAUUUCAAUUAUCAAUCAUUCAGCACAGCAGAUGCCAAUGAUUUUGUUUUUCUUAAUUCCUCGAUCAUCAGGAAUACCAUUCAAGUGAGUCCUGUUAUUGCGGAUGCAUCCGGAAGAAUCCUGUAUAACCAGCCACUUAAACUGUGGGACAAGCUAAGAGGCACCAAGUCAUCAUUCAGCUCAACCUUUGUGAUUAACAUCAGACCGCAGACCACUCCUGGCGGCGAGGGACUAGCCUUCAUAUUAACUGACAGCACGACCCUCCCAAGCAAUAGUGCAGGUCAAUGGCUUGGGAUUGUAAAUGUAAGUACCAUCAAUGUCAACAGCAUAGUUGCUGUGGAAUUUGAUACUAGGAAGAGUGAUUCAGAGGAUGUAGACGAUAACCAUGUUGGAGUAGAUCUGAAAAGCAUCUACUCCAUCAAGCAAGAACCCUUAAUAGGCCACGGUGUUAAUCUUUCAAGUAGUGAAGAUAUCACCGCUAGCAUCCAGUAUGAUGCAAAAUCUGACAAAAUGACUGUUUUUGUCGUGUUAACUAGAACGAGUGAGCAGAACAUGGGGAAUCCAAUUUUCACCGUGGAGCUUGAUCUGUCUAAACAUCUUCCGGAGGAUGUUUUUCUGGGAUUUUCAGGUUCAACAGGAGAGAAUACCCAGGUCAAUGCUCUGAGGUCAUGGAAGUUCACCAGUUUUGAAAUUAGAGUUAAAGGUUCAGUCAAUCUUCUUUGGCUUUGGAUCUUGAUUCCAAUAAUUGUGAUCAUUUUGUUAGUUGGAUUUUCCUACUUGUUACAUCGGAGACACAAAAACAGUAUGAAACAAAAGGAGGAUGACGAGAAGGAGAUUGAACAAGAAAUUCAAAGGUCAUCCACUGCUCCCCAGAAAUUCAGAUUGAAGGAACUUAAAGCUGCCACAAGUAAUUUCAGUGCUAAUAACAAACUGGGUAGUGGAGGAUUUGGCACAGUCUAUAAAGGAAUUUUGAGAAAGGAGGAGGUAGCUGUGAAAAGAAUUCUAAAGAAUACACGACAUGGAAAGCAGGAUUUUAUAGCAGAAGUGACCACCAUCACCAACCUCCACCACAAGAACCUUGUUAAACUAUUGGGUUGGUGCUAUGAAAGCGACGAACUCCUCCUCGUUUAUGAGUUCAUGCCAAAUGGGAGUUUAGACAGGUUCAUAUUUGGGAAUACAAUUCCAAGCAAUGCGGAUACAACUCUGAAAUGGGAAACAAGGCACAAUAUCAUUUGUGGAGUAGCCAGGGCGCUGGACUAUCUCCAUAAUGGUUGCGAGAAAAGGGUUAUUCAUCGAGACAUAAAAGCUAGUAACAUAAUGUUAGAUUCAGACUUCAAUGCCCGAUUGGGAGAUUUUGGACUGGCCCGAACAGUUCAAUUGAAUGAGAAAACGCACCAUUCAACCAAGGAGAUUGCAGGAACACCUGGCUACAUGUCUCCAGAAAGUUUUCACACCGGUAAGGCAACUGUCGAAACUGACGUCUAUGCAUUCGGAGUACUUAUACUGGAAGUUGUCUCUGGGAGAAAACCUGGGCAUCAAAAUGAGCAAAACAACUACUACAGAAGCAUCGUAGAGUGGGUAUGGGAACAUCAUAGGAUGGAACAAAUCACUGAUGCCAUAGAUCUUCGAUUAAACAAAGAUUUCCAUGAGGAUCAAGCAAGGUGCAUACUUAUGUUGGGGCUGGCAUGUUGCCAUCCAAACCCAUUUGAGAGGCCCUCUAUGAGAACUGCUUUGCAGGUUCUUACAGGGGAAGUAGCUGCACCGGCCGUGCCUACUGAAAUGCCUGCUUUCAUGUGGCCGGCCGCGCCUCCAGUCAUUAGAGAAGAGAUGGACAACUCCAUCACCGGAGGUCAUCUUACCACAACAACGGAACUCAGUGGCAGAUGACCCCUGUCAAAUAUUUCAAAGUAAAAAUUUUGUCCUCUUUCAGUGUUUUCCUUUGGUGGACAGGAGAGUUGUUGCAUACAGAGUAACUAUAUUGAUAGACUUGUAAUUUAAGCAUUUAGAUUACCAAACAAAACUUUCUUGUGUUUGACAAUCAAACUUCAGAUACCAUUCUUAAGAUAAAUAAUUUAUCAUAAAUAGCUCACUCUUUGUUUUUUUUUACAUACAA